AUGCAAGAGACCUUCGACUCGGCUCGUCUUGGCGCCUCUGUAGUGGCUUCCUUCUACCUAGCAAUUCCACUACUUGGAGGACCCAUCGCGGGGACCUUAACUGAUAUUUAUGAUUGCCGCGCCACCACCAUUCUGGGCGGUCUCCUCGCCGGUGGCGGCACAAUAAUAGCCAUGUCGAUGGAUGCGCUUGAUCAGAUGGAGAUACAUAUGGGCGCAAUGACAGAACUUGGACCCUCAUCUGGCUCCAGCAGUGAUUCGGCUCUUUCGAAUGAUGGGGAUUCAUCGAGUUCUGAGUUGUCGGAUCACAUUUUGACGAAGCAGUCGAGUCAACCUCGUGAACUCUCCAUCGUCCAACCAUCAAAUGCUCCCGCAAAAAUUGUCAACGUCGAUAGCGGAAUCGUGAUGAAGUGGGAUCGACAGGGAGCUGGGAUGCCAGGCCAGUUGAACCAGACGGCGCGUGGCAUCCGCACAUCCAUGGUGGCACACUCUCGUGUCCCGGCUAGUAACGCAACUGGUUUAAGGUAUAUGGCACUCCGAGAUUCAUUCCGGGGUCUUCGCUCAAAAGUACCAUCGGCUCCUACGCUUUUUGUGAAAAAGAAGAAGAAGAAGACGCUGAAGGACGUGUUGCACUUGAAACAGAUGAAAACCACGAUCACCGACACGGCCAAGGAGUACUGGCGCCUCGCCAUGGACUGGCGGUUCUCCGCCUACCUCUUUUCGAUCUUUCUGCUCUACAUGUUCUAUGAUAUCCCAUACGUCAACUUCCCCGAAUUUGUCGAUGAACAUCUUGGAGUUCCGCUCAGCCAGGCUUCAAGUCUCGUUGCCGGUAUCGGAGGGUUCAACCUGAUUUCAAUGUUUUUCUGUGGCUUUUUGAGUGAUCGGGGAUGGAUUAAGGAGCAUCUAUUCCUUGUUUACGGAGUCAUGAUUUCGUUGUGCGGUGUGUGCCUUCUGCUGUCGACGAUCGCUCAGGAUUACAGAUUUAUGCUGGCCAUUUCUUGGCUAUACGGCUUCUUCAUCGCUUCUAACUACGUACUCGGCUCGGUGCUGCUCUGUGAGCUGAUGUUCGUCUCGGAUUUCCAGAAUGGAUACGGAUUCUUGUCGAUGACCCAGGGUAUCGGGAAUCUCAUUGGACCGGCAUUAGUUGGUUGGGUUCGCGAUGCUACCAACAGCUACCAAGUGAUGUUCAUCGUCGGUGCUGUCGGGAUGAUAAUUUCUGGGAUCAUCUGCAUUGGAAUCCACGUCUCCUGGGAGGACGAGGAUGAGGAGACGGAAAAUAGUCGUAAACCUUCGAAGAAACUCUCCAACUCCAAUGUCCACAACGCUGAGGAAGGCAAGCUCGACGAAAAACCGAGGAAUGGAAUUCUAUUGAGCCCA